AUGCUUGACUUAUUUUUAUAAAGUUAUAGAGAAGAAGAGCCAAAAAGUAACACACUUGAUGUUAUUAGUAAUAUAAUUGGAUGGACAUAUUUUAUAUGUUGGUCUAUUAGUUUUUAUGGAUAAUUAUAUGAAAAUUUGAGAGUCAAAAAGUAUUACAAUUUAUAAUUAUGUAGUGUAAGAGGAAUAGCAUUUGAAUUCCUUGGUUUAAAUUUGACUGGGUUUCUAUUUUUAAGUGCAUAUAGCUCUGCUGGUUAUUUUAAGGGAGGAGAUAAUGGAUGGCCAUUUAGUGGUGAUAUAACAAAAUAAGAUUUGUUUUUUGCAUAUCAUGCAGUUGCAAUAACUAUAUUAACAAUUAUAUAAACAGUUUAUUACUAUAAAAAAGGUGAUAACGCAGGAGUCAGUUUAUGGUGUAUUAUUGUUCUUAUUGUUCUUUGGUCACAAACUAUUUUAUACGUACUUUUAACUUGGAUUUUUGGAUGGCAAGUUAUUUUCUAAAAUGAAAAAUUAAAUGUUUUAUAUUGGAUGGGAUAUGAAAAACUUUUUAUUUCUUUUAUUAAAUAUGUUCCAUAGAUGUAUUUAAAUUAUAAAAGAAAAUCUACUGUAGGCUGGAGCAUUUUUAAUAUCUUAUUAGAUUUUAUGGGAGGAUUUCUAUCUUUCUUAUAAAUGUUACUUGAUUCUAUUAAUGGAAGUAAUUUUGUUUAUUAAUUCUUUAAGAGAGUGCUAAUCUAGUUGAUGUGAAUAUUGUUAAAUUUAUAUUAAGUUGGAUAGCUAUGGGUUUUGAUGCUAUUUUCAUGUUCCAACAUUAUAUUCUUUAUAAUCCUAAAAAAAAAAUAAGGAAUGCCCUAUUAGACGAAUAUUCUAUUCCAAAAAAAUGA